UUAUUGAUUGCUUUUGCCACCCUCUAAGUCAUGCCACCCUGCUUGGUGAGCCUUAUUAGGCUCAACAGAAACAAACACAGAAAUGGAAUGAAGGAAACAGCAAGUCAGUUUUUGUCAGGUUGUAAAAAUACACACAAUCUGCCUGAAGAUCUGCGUGUAUUCACGUACCUGCAUGUGCAUGUAGCGCCCCCACAUCCCCCCACACCCCCCACCUCAAACACCGACGCUGACCUUCAGCCGCAGAGGCCAGGCAAACAGCACAACAACCCGCAGCGACGGAAAACACAAAUGCUUUGUGAAAGCUUUCGACACGGCGCGUUCGCACAAAAAUGCCAAAAUGUCACAAUCUUCAAACUUUGCGUCCACAACACAGUUUUUCUUUUUACCGUUGUGCGGCUGCUGAAGGUUACCUGCAAAAAAAAAAUUCCAAGAGGGUGUCAAAGCUGGAAGUGGUUUCUCAAGAGGGAACUGAUUUCAGCUUGUACUGUCUUCAUUGCCCUUGAAGUUUUCCAUGUUUUUUUGUUGUUGUUUUUUCUUGUCAACAGCAAGAAUGAGGUGUGUGCAUAAAUAUAGGAAAAGGAAAUUAAUUGUGUUUUUGUUUCUUGAGGAGCACACAGAGCGCCCAUUACUGAAGGCAACAAAAUGAAAUUCUUACUGAAAUUACAGCUGUUGUGUGAAGACUUCAGAGGUUCGUUAGAGAACAAACCACCAACAGGGAAGUUUGGUUAUAAAUCGACAUCCAAAGCCUUGAACCUUCUAAGGAUUACCGGUGAUUUAUCUUUCUGAGAACUUGAAAGUGUCACGUCGUCGCUGAUUAAAAACCAUAAUCAGCGAGCACGCGAAACCUGACUGAAACAUUGCGCACGGUAAGCCAAACUAUAUUAAUAAACUACAUUCAAAUGCAGCGUAUGCUGACAUUAGGGUCGUUUUCACAGGCUUGCACAAAAAAAAAAAAUUCAUUCAGCUUAACUUCCCUGGUGAUAGUUUUUCCAAAAUAAACUAAACUUUAACGUUUCAUGAUAUUUACGUUGAUUUCAAAGUCUGAUAACGGUUUGUGUAAGUGUGCAAAUAUAGGCUGUAUAUGUAAUAUACCUUACAUUAUUUUAAUAUAUAUUUUAAAAAAAGGAACCACAUUCGCAUUCUUUACUUUGACGUGGUGGCGCGCCACGAUCAAUUACACAUAAAGGAAACAAAACCCACAACAGAUGAUUUCCUAUAACAAACUCAGGUCAGUGGUGGCAGUAUCAUGCUGAGGGGGGGGGGGGAUGCAUUUUUUCCAGCACAAACUGAAAGUGAAAUUAACAUCGGACUGUUUAAAAGACACAUAAGACACAGUCAUUGUAAGAAAAGGCGCUUCUGUAGCGCGUUAUAUUUAAAGGGGCUAAAUAAAUAAGCAUGCCACACUUUUCAGAUUGUUAGUUCUAAAACAGUUCCUGUUUUUUCCCCGACUUUUUGAAAGAGAGGGUGUUCAUUUUGCAAAAACUAAAGAAUCCAAAAAUCCUCGAGCAGGCAAACCAAUUUUUUUUUUUUUUUUUUUAAAGCAGAGACAGCAGGACGUUAGGAAAAGAAAGAGGGGAAAGGCCCGCGGAGAGUUUUUGUGUUUCUUCCUCUCAUCUGCAUUCAGAUCCGCUUUUUUUUUUUUUUUUUUAGCCCUGCAGUGAAGUUUCCUCUGCAGGGUGGCACGCAGGGGGAGAAGUUCUAGAGCACAGAUGCUAGACAUCACCAAACUUGGAAGCUCCGAACACGAGAAAAGAUUAAAAAAAAUAAAAAAAAAGUGAGUCAAAAACCCGCGGUGGGUGUGUGUGGUGUUGGUUGGGUGUCGCUGCUGAUGUCACGCCCACUCGAACAGCCGCGAUUGGACCCUAAUUAGAAAUCUCGGCAGCAAAUAGAUAAGCGUCCUGCAUGAUUGAGCCCAAAGUGGCUGAUGCCAAAAAAAAAAAAAAAAUUCUGCAGGGGCGGAGAGGAGCGGAGAGGAGCGGAGCAGACAGAGAGCUGCCAGGCUGCGCUGACAGCACAGAGGUUUCACAUCCGACGGGCUCGAGGCUGGAGCUGGACUUUCUUACAGCGACACCUCCGCGGCGAUAAUAUCCAUCCAGAAAAAAAAGAAAGAAAAGAGAGAGAGAGAGAGAUAUCUGUGCACAUACAGAGAGAGGGAGAGAGUAGAAGAAGAAAAGGAGGAGGAGGAGGAGAAGGAGGACGCGGCGUUGUUCGGAGAGGCUGAACGAGACAAGUAGGAAGGAGAGUCGGCUCCAAGUUGCUCGCGCGCUCCGCUCCUGAGCUGAUGGCAUCCGUACUUGGAAGCGGCAGCCGCGCGUCGGGCGCUCCGAGCGGCCAGGUCCGGUGCAAGCUGAAGCGACGGAGGAGGAGGCGAUCCAAGAGAAAAGAGAAAGUCGGUAUGCUGUCGGCAUUGAUCGCUCCCUUCAAGUACAUAAGCCCUGGGACCAGCAGCACGGAGGACGAGGACAGUUUAAGCACGAGCAGCACAGAGGUGAAGGAAAACCGCAACGUCGGGAACUUGGAGGAUCUCUCCAUCGGCUCUGGAGAAUGCCAGUCGCUUUUCUGCUCGGAGUCGUCAAGAGCGGCCGGCUCUGGCCUGAAGAGGAAACGGCCACUGGAGGAAGACAACAACGGGCGCCUGUGUCAGCUCCGACUCAUCUAUAAGAAACUCUCCUGGUCUGAGGCUCCAAAGAACGCCUUAGUGCAGCUGAACGAGCUUCGGCCGGGGCUGCAGUACCGCAUGGUGUCCCAGACCGGCCCCGUCCACGCUCCUGUCUUCUCCAUUGCCGUGGAGGUUAACGGACUCACCUUUGAGGGUACCGGACCCACGAAGAAGAAAGCGAAGAUGAGGGCCGCCGAACUCGCUCUCAAAUCCUUCGUCCAGUUCCCCAAUGCGCCGCAGGCCCACCUGGCCAUGGGAAACAUCUCCAACCCUUCGGCGGACUUCACGUCCGACCAGGCCGACUUCUCCGACACGCUCUUCAAAGAGUUUGAGGCGUCGCCGUGCUCCGACGGCCUCGUGCUCUGCGACCCGUCGAGCGAGAGCGAUCUGCUGUCGAGCGAGCUGCUGAGGCAUGGACGGCUGCUCCGCCACACGUUGGACCUCAUGGUGCAGGCCCAGCAGAGGCUCGGUGGGAUUGUCCCGGAGCCCGAGGAGCCGAAGAGUCCCGUGGCGUUGCUCAACGAGCUCCGGCCGGGCCUGCGCUACGCCUGUCUGUCGGAGCGAGCUGAGGGGAGGCGGCCGCGGAGCUUCGUGAUGGCAGUGCGCGUGGACGGGCGGAUAUUCGAGGGCUGCGGUCGCAGCAAGAAACUUGCCAAGACGCAGGCGGCCCAGUGCGCUCUUCAGGCCCUCUUCAACAUCAGGACAGUGCCAGAAGGGAGGACGGGCCUCAAAGCCAGCAGGAAGAGUUGUCCUCAUUUACCCCAGGACUUUGCCGAUUCAAUAUUCCACUUGGUGAGGGAGAAGUACCGGUCGCUGGUGGGCGGCUGCAGUCCGGCGCACGCUCGACACAAAUCCCUGGCAGGCAUCGUAAUGACCCGAGAUCUGGACCUGAGGCACGCCCAGGUGGUGGCGCUAUCCACGGGAACCAAAUGCAUCAACGGGGAGUACCUGAGCGACCAAGGACAGGUCGUCAACGACUGUCACGCCGAAGUCACGGCGCGAAGGGCUCUGAUACGUUUUCUCUACUCUCAACUGGAACUUUUCCUGAGUAAAAGGCUGGAGGACUGGGAGGAGUCGAUAUUCGUCCGCCACAAAGAGCAGAGCUACAGGUUGAGAGACAAUGUCCAUUUCCACAUGUACAUCAGCACUUCGCCAUGUGGGGACGGGAGGCUCAACUCGCCUUAUGAAAUUACAAGUGAUCUACACAGCAGCAGACACCUUAUGAGGAAGCAUCGAAGCCACCUGCGGACCAAAAUCGAGUCUGGCGAAGGGACGGUACCUUUGCGAUGCCGUGGGCCCGUCCAGACAUGGGAUGGCGUUCUGCAGGGCGAGCAGCUCAUCACCAUGUCCUGCACAGACAAAAUCACCAGGUGGAACAUCUUGGGCCUGCAGGGGGCGCUGCUGAGCCACUUUGUGGAGCCGGUGUACCUGCACAGCAUCACUGUGGGAAGCCUGCGCCACACUGGUCACCUGAGCAGAGUUCUGACCCAGCGGCAGGAGCGCCUGGGCCCUCUGCCCGCCACAUACAGACGCAGCCAACCUCUGCUAAGUGGGCUGAGCAACAUUGAGUACCAGCAGCAGGGGAAGGCCACGUGCGUCAGCAUCAACUGGACCCUGGGCGACGCGCAGCCGGAGGCGGUCAACACGGCGACGGGACGGCGACGGGAUUCAGGGACGCCAUCGCGCAUCUGCAAGCACGCCCUGUUCACCCGCUGGAACAGACUGUACCGAAAGCUGGGGCUCCACGUCUCCAGCUCAGCAACGGACCGUCAGCCCAUGUACGGCGAGGCCAAGAUGGCGGCGCGUCCUUACCAGAUCGCGAAGCAGCAGUGGUUCAAGUCUCUGCAGGAGACGGGCUUGGGCACCUGGGUGAAGAAGCCACUGGAGCAGGAGCAGUUCCUGCUGUCCGUCUGAGCAACGCCGGGUGUGGGUGUGUGUGUGUGUGUGUGUGUGUGCGUGGGGGGGUGUGUGUGUGGGUGUAUGACCUUUAUUUUUUUAGGGUAAGAUGACGCCUCCCACAGCGUCAUACCAGGAAGUGCACCCUCCAAACCCAAGAUUACCAACCCCUGUACGUGACCGCAGUUUUCAUUCUGUUUCGUGUCGCCCUUUCAUCCCGUCACUGAAACCACCAGCAGAAGGUCAUGGAGGAAAACUAGAGUUGAAAAGCUGGAGUUUUUCUUUUUUUAUUCCUUUGAACACAAACACACAAGUUUAAGCAAACACCCAUCUAAAUACACCCCCCCCCCCUCCAUUCCUGUCCACGGCUGUCAAGGAAAAAGGGGGGUUGGGGUAACCUUGAGCAGAAUGAAAGGCAGCCGCUAUCUUGUCAUCAGCUAUUUCCGGGCCCUGAGGCUCCCGCUGAGGAGCGAAGCCACAGGGGAGAGAGAGAACGAGACAGGCUGAGAAAGGGGAAGGGAGGGGAAAAAAAAGAGGGUCCACGUCCAAUUACCGGCCCUGUCAGGGUGACGGGUGAUGGAGACGAAGGGAGGGAGUGAGGAAAGAGAAGGACAGGGUGGUUCACCUUCUCCUCUUUUAGCACUACCUCCAUCCUCCUUCUCUUAAUUCAUCGUUUUAACUCUCCUGUGUCUUCUUCCUCCCUCCGGGGGGAGCUAAACAUGACACAGCGACAGGUUAAUGCCCCCUUAGAGGAGGCCAGGUGUAUAAAUGACAUCAUUACUUCCCGACUAAGCACAAGAACUGAGGAGGAGACGGACCGGAGAGUUUCUUCUUUGUAUUUUAUCACCUGCUGGUUUUUCCUUGGUCUUAACAAAAGCUCAGUAGCAACAUUCAUUUACUCACUUUUUCUUCCCCUCAGUCUGAUGACUAUUAGUGAAGUUGUUUUUUCCCCCCCUUGCUUUCAGCUCCCAUCACCGUCAGGUCUGAGGUCUAACACCCGAUGGGUCCCCAUCCACCCCAUGUAAAUUAGCACCUUAAUGCAUUUCGUCUUUACAUACUUUGUCUGUGUAUCACUGUGAUGUCUUUCUAUUCAUUAUGAUCAUGACUGUACUGUUCUGUCAGUGUUCCCUAUAAAUGAUUGAGCCGGAGCGGCGGCAGCGAGAACCGAGCAGUGAUACUGACAUCUAGUGGUUUCUCUGAGUACUGCAGCCUGUUCAGACCUGGUGGUUUCACUGGGACUGUGUGGGAGUUGAGAUGACAAACAGACCGAUUUACACCAAAAUCGACCUUUAUGUUGGGAAAUGUUCACCGGUUUGACUCGCGUUUCAUUAUAUUUACCUUCAUUCAUUGAGAUCCAACAGAGACCUAUUUUGAUCAACAGUAAUUAUUGUAGCAAUGAAAUUGGGAUUUAGUAAUAUAUAUUUUUAUAAAAUUUGUAGUGAGACUUGAAUUUAAUCUGUUUGGGCUGGACUGAACGUAGCGUGAUCAGAUUAAGUCACACUAACAGUAGAACCUGCAUGCUCUUCAAAUUCAAACAAUACUUUAUUGAUCCCAAAGGGAAAUUAAAUACACAUAAUGUAUUGUGAUGAAGUUGCAAAAUUACAAAUAAUGCCUCUUAUACAGUGGCAGAUGUGCAUAUCACUACUUAUUUCAUUUUGAAUUUUGUACAUUUUUUUUUUUAAUAUAAUUUAACAAUCACAAAUCAUUUAUUUUCAGGUGGACGGGUGUUAUGUGAGAUGCACCAACACAAAAUUAUGAAACCAGAAGCAAAACAAUGUUACAUCUUUUAACAUUUUUACAGAUAAAAAUUUGAAAAACAUGGCACGCAUUUGCUUACAUCCUCUUUUUAUUCUAAUGCCCCCAAAGCAAAUCAUAUUCACUAGUAUGUCGUUUAUGGUAAUCAUCAUUAGCUUGUACUGCUAACAGUAGUUAGCAAUCACUGGUUUUGUGACUUGAACUGACACUUGUUUGAGUGAGUUAAUGUGUGCUGUCAUUCUAUGUAAUGCUGAAUACAUUUGUUACAUUCAUAUUUGACUUUUUUUUUUGUAAGAGUUGAACAUAAACUCCACUUCAUCCCCAAUGAAAGCUAGAAGUUUGCAAACCUUCCUGCGAUUUAAAAGUAGCUGAAAUUUGCCUACACUGAACCUGGAAAAAACAGAACCAGCUGGAGAAAGAUUCAGCUAAGAGCCAAAAGAAGGGGAUAAAUAUCUCCAGCCGCUAUUUUAUAUUAAUUCAGACACAAAAAAAACUCUACUGUGGAAUAGAUUUUAUGUAAGUACCGUCUGUUUGUCAGAUCAAUAUGAACGUAUAGGUACAAAUCUUGUUUUUCUGGCAAAUGUGACAUUCAUUACUAUCACGCUCCCUAAUGUUAGCAAACAGAGUUUCACAAAUUUAUUUUUGAGAUAAAACAUAUAACGUUUGUCUGAAAACUGAGUGUAAAUAUGUAAAAACAAAUGUACAAAUGAUGUUGAUGAAGAUGAAGGAAUCUAAAAAUGUCCCAACUAUGUAAAUUGAGGUACAAGAGGAAUCGCUGCUAAGGUCUGUAAAUUGCACUUCAGUAACAUAAAAAGUGAAUGUUUGUACUGUAUAUGUGAAUAAAACCACUAAAUCUUGUAAUUUUA